AUGGACGUGGACGUGGACGUGGACGUGGACGUGGACGUGGACGUGGACGUGGACAUGGACGUGGACGUGGACGUUGACGUGGACGUGGACGUGGACGUGGACGUGGACGUGGACGUGGACGUGGACGUGGACGUGGACGUGGACGUGGACCUGGUCGUGGACGUGGACCUGGUCGUGGACGUGGACGUGGACGUGGACGUGGACGUGGAAGUGGACGUGGACGUGGACGUGGUCGUGGACGUGGACGUGGACGUGGACGUGGACGUGGACGUGGACGUGGGCAUGGACGUGGACGUGGACGUGGACGUGGUCAUGGACGUGGAGGACUUGGACGUGGACGUGGACGUGGACGUGGUCGUGGACGUGGACGUGGACGUGGUCGUGGUUGUGGACGUGGACGUAGACGUGGACGUGGUCGUCCACGACGUGGACGUAGACGUGGACGUGGACGGAGACGUGGACGUGGUCGUCCACGACGUGGACGGGGACGUGGACGUGGACGUGGACGUGGACGUGGUCGUGGUCGUGGACGUGGACGUAGACGUGGACGUGGUCGUCCACGACGUGGACGUAGACGUGGACGUGGACGGAGACGUGGACGUGGUCGUCCACGACGUGGACGUGGACGUGGACGUGGACGUGGACGCGGACGUGGAUGCGGACGUGGACGCGGACGUGGACGCGGACGUGGACGCGGACGUGGACGCGGACGUGGACGCGGACGUGGACGCGGACGUGGACGCGGACGUGGACGCGGACGUGGACGCGGACGUGGACGCGGACGUGGACGCGGACGUGGACGCGGACGUGGACGCGGACGUGGACGCGGACGUGGACGCGGACGUGGACGCGGAUGUGGACGCGGACGUGGACGUGGACGUCGACGUGGACGUCGACGUGGUCGUGGACGUGGUCGUGGACGUGGACCUGGACGUGGACCUGGACGUGGACGUGGACCUGGACGUGGACGUGGUCCUGGAUGUGGACGUGGUCGUGGACGUGGACGUGGUCGUGGCCGUGGACGUGGUCGUGGACGUGGACGUGGUCGUGGACGUGGACGUGGUCGUGGACGUGGAUGUGGACGUGGACCUGGACGUGGACGUGGACGUGGACGUGGACGUGGACGUGGACGUGGACGUGGACGUGGACGACGUGGACAUGGACGUGGACGACGUGGACGUGGACGUGGACGUGGACGUGGACGUGGACGUGGACGACGUGGACGUGGACGUGGACGUGGACGUGGACAUGGACGUGGACGUGGAUGUGGAGGUGGACGUGGAGGUGGACGUGGACGUGGACGUGGACGUGGACGUGGAGGUGGACGUGGACGUGGACGUGGACGUAGACGUUGACCUGGACGUGGACGUGGACGUGGACGUGGACGUGGACGUGGACGUGGACGUGGACGUGGAGGACUUGGACGUGGACAUGGACGUGGACGUGGACGUGGACGUGGACAUGGACUUGGACGUGGACGUGGACAUGGACGUGGACGUGGACAUGGACAUAGACGUGGACGUGGACAUGGAGGCCUUGGACGUGGACAUAGACGUGGACGUGGACGUGGACAUGAACGUGGACGUGGACAUGGACGUGGACAUGGACGUGGAUGUGGACGUGGACGUGGACAUGGACGUGGAUGUGGACGUGGACGUGGACGUGGACGUGGACAUGGACGUGGAUGUGGACGUGGACAUGGACGUGGACGUGGACGUGGACGUAGACAUGGACGUGGACGUGGACAUGGACGUGGACGUGGACGUGGACAUGGACGUGGACGUGGACGUGGACGUGGACGUCGACGUGGAGGUGGACAUGGACGUGGACGUGGACAUGGACGUGGACGUGGACGUGGACGUGGACGUGGACGUGGAGGUGGACAUGGACGUGGACAUGGUCGUGGACGUGGACGUGGACAUGGACGUGGACAUGGACGUGGACGUGGACGUGGACGUGGACGUGGACGUGGACGUGGACGUGGACGUGGACGUGGACCUGGUCGUGGACGUGGACCUGGUCAUGGACGUGGACGUGGACGUGGACGUGGACGUGGACGUGGACGUGGACGUGGACGUAGUCGUAGACGUGGACAUGGACGUGGACAUGGACGUGGACGUGGACGUGGACGUGGACGUGGUCGUGGACAUGGACCUGGACGUGGACGUGGACGUGGACGACUUGGACGUGGACAUGGACGUGGACGUGGACGUGGUCAUGGACGUGGACGUGGACGUGGACGUGGACGUGGUCCUGGUCGUGGACGUGGUCGUAGACGUGGACGUGGCCGUCCACGACGUGGACUUGCACGUGGACGUGGACGUGGACGUGGACGUGGUCGUGGACGUGGACGUGGACAUGGACGUGGUCGUGGUCGUGGUCGUGGACGUAGACGUGGUCGUGGAUGUGGACGUGGACGUGGACGCGGAGGACGUGGACGUGGACGCGGAGGACGUGGACGUGGACGUGGACGUGGACGUGGACGUGGACGUGGACAUGGACGUGGACGUGGACGUGGACGUGGACGUGGACGUGGACAUGGACGUGGACGUGGACGUGGACGUGGACAUGGUCGUGGACGUGGACGUGGACGUGGACAUGGACGUGGAGGUGGACGUGGUCGUGGACGUGGACGUGGACGUGGACGUGGACGUGGACGUGGACGUGGACGUGGUCGUGGACGUGGACGUGGACCUGGACGUGGACGUGGACGUGGACGUGGACGUGGACGUGGACGUGGACCUGGACGUGGUCGUGGACGUGGACGUGGACGUGGACGUGGACGUGGACGUGGACCUGGACGUGGUCGUGGACGUGGACCUGGACGUGGACAUGGACGUGGACAUGGACGUGGACAUGGACGUGGACAUGGACGUGGACGUGGACGUGGACGUGGACGUGGACGUCGACGUGGACGUGGACGUGGACGUGGACGUGGACGUGGACGUGGACGUGGACGUGGACGUGGACCUGGUCGUGGACGUGGACCUGGUCGUGGACGUGGACGUGGACGUGGACGUGGACGUGGAAGUGGACGUGGACGUGGACGUGGUCGUGGACGUGGACGUGGACGUGGACGUGGACGUGGACGUGGACGUGGGCAUGGACGUGGACGUGGACGUGGACGUGGUCAUGGACGUGGAGGACUUGGACGUGGACGUGGACGUGGACGUGGUCGUGGACGUGGACGUGGACGUGGUCGUGGUUGUUGACGUGGACGUAGACGUGGACGUGGUCGUCCACGACGUGGACGUAGACGUGGACGUGGACGGAGACGUGGACGUGGUCGUCCACGACGUGGACGGGGACGUGGACGUGGACGUGGACGUGGACGUGGUCGUGGUCGUGGACGUAGACGUGGACGUGGUCGUCCACGACGUGGACGUAGACGUGGACGUGGACGGAGACGUGGACGUGGUCGUCCACGACGUGGACGUGGACGUGGACGUGGACGUGGACGCGGACGUGGACGCGGACGUGGACGCGGACGUGGACGCGGACGUGGACGCGGACGUGGACGCGGACGUGGACGCGGACGUGGACGCGGACGUGGACGCGGACGUGGACGCGGACGUGGACGCGGACGUGGACGCGGACGUGGACGCGGACGUGGACGCGGACGUGGACGCGGACGUGGACGCGGACGUGGACGCGGACGUGGACGCGGACGUGGACGUCGACGUGGUCGUGGACGUGGUCGUGGACGUGGACCUGGACGUGGACCUGGACGUGGACGUGGACCUGGACGUGGACGUGGUCCUGGAUGUGGACGUGGUCGUGGACGUGGACGUGGUCGUGGCCGUGGACGUGGUCGUGGACGUGGACGUGGUCGUGGACGUGGACGUGGUCGUGGACGUGGAUGUGGACGUGGACCUGGACGUGGACGUGGACGUGGACGUGGACGUGGACGUGGACGUGGACGUGGACGUGGACGACGUGGACGUGGACGUGGACGACGUGGACGUGGACGUGGACGUGGACGUGGACGUGGACGACGUGGACGUGGACGUGGACGUGGACGUGGACAUGGACGUGGACGUGGAUGUGGAGGUGGACGUGGAGGUGGACGUGGACGUGGACGUGGACGUGGACGUGGAGGUGGACGUGGACGUGGACGUGGACGUGGACGUGGACGUUGACCUGGACGUGGACGUGGACUUGGACGUGGACGUGGACGUGGACAUGGACGUGGACGUGGACGUGGAGGACUUGGACGUGGACAUGGACGUGGACGUGGACGUGGACGUGGACAUGGACUUGGACGUGGACGUGGACAUGGACGUGGACGUGGACAUGGACAUAGACGUGGACGUGGACAUGGAGGCCUUGGACGUGGACAUGGACGUGGACGUGGACGUGGACAUGAACGUGGACGUGGACAUGGACGUGGACAUGGACGUGGAUGUGGACGUGGACGUGGACAUGGACGUGGAUGUGGACGUGGACGUGGACGUGGACGUGGACAUGGACGUGGAUGUGGACGUGGACAUGGACGUGGACGUGGACGUGGACGUAGACAUGGACGUGGACGUGGACAUGGACGUGGACGUGGACGUGGACAUGGACGUGGACGUGGACGUGGACGUGGACGUGGACGUGGAGGUGGACAUGGACGUGGACGUGGACAUGGACGUGGACGUGGACGUGGACGUGGACGUGGACGUGGAGGUGGACAUGGACGUGGACAUGGUCGUGGACGUGGACGUGGACAUGGACGUGGACAUGGACGUGGACGUGGACGUGGACGUGGACGUGGACGUGGACGUGGACGUGGACGUGGACGUGGACCUGGUCGUGGACGUGGACCUGGUCGUGGACGUGGACGUGGACGUGGACGUGGACGUGGACGUGGACGUGGACGUGGACGUAGUCGUAGACGUGGACAUGGACGUGGACAUGGACGUGGACGUGGACGUGGACGUGGACGUGGUCGUGGACAUGGACCUGGACGUGGACGUGGACGUGGCCUGCACGUGGACAUGGACGUGGACGUGGACGUGGACGUUGACGUGGACGCUGACGUGGACGUGGGUGGACUUGGACAUGGACAUGGACGUGGACGUGGACGUGGACGUGGACGUGGACGUGGACGUUGACGUGGACGUGGACGUGGACGUGGACGUGGACGUGGACGUGGACGUGGACGUGGACGUGGACGUGGACGUGGACGUGGACGUGGACGUGGACGUAGACAUGGACGUGGACGUGGACGUGGACGUGGACAUGGACGUGGACGUGGACGUGGACAUGGACGUGGACGUGGACGUGGACGUGGACGUGGACGUGGACGUGGACGUGGACGUGGACGUGGACGUGGACGUGGAGGUGGACAUGGACGUGGACGUGGACGUGGACGUGGACGUGGACGUGGACGUGGACGUGGAGGUGGACAUGGACGUGGACAUGGUCGUGGACGUGGACGUGGACAUGGACGUGGACAUGGACGUGGACGUGGACGUGGACAUGGACGUGGACGUGGACGUGGACGUGGACGUGGACGUGGACGUGGACGUGGACGUGGACGUGGACGUGGACGUGGACGUGGACGUGGACCUGGUCGUGGACGUGGACCUGGUCGUGGACGUGGACGUGGACGUGGACGUGGACGUGGAAGUGGACGUGGAUGUGGACGUGGUCGUGGACGUGGACGUGGACGUGGACGUGGACGUGGACGUGGGCAUGGACGUGGACGUGGACGUGGACGUGGUCAUGGACGUGGAGGACUUGGACGUGGACGUGGACGUGGACGUGGUCGUGGACGUGGACGUGGACGUGGUCGUGGACGUGGACCUGGACGUGGUCGUGGACGUGGACGUGGACGUGGACGUGGACGUGGACGUAGACGUGGACAUGGACGUGGACGUGGACGUGGACGUGGACGUGGACGUGGACGUGGACGUGGAUAUGGACGUGGACGUGGACGUGGACAUGGACAUGGACGUGGACGUGAAUAUGGACGUGGUCGUGGAUGUGGACGUGGACGUGGACGCGGAGGACGUGGACGUGGACACGGAGGACGUGGACGUGGACGCGGUGGACGUGGAUGUGGACGUGGACAUGGUCGUGGACGUGGACGUGGAAAUGGACGUGGACGUGGACGUGGACGUGGACGUGGACAUGGACGUGGACGUGGACGUGGACAUGGUCGUGGACGUGGACGUGGACGUGGACAUGGACAUGGACGUGGUCGUGGACAUGGACGUGGACGUGGUCGUGGACGUGGACGUGGAUGUGGACGUGGACGUGGACCUGGACGUGGACGUGGACGUGGACGUGGAUGUGGACGUGGACGUGGACCUGGACGUGGUCGUAGACGUGGACGUGGACAUGGACGUGGACGUGGACGUGGACGUGGACGUGGUCGUGGACGUGGACCUGGACGUGGACAUGGACGUGGACGUGGACGUGGUCGUGGACGUGGACCUGGACGUGGACGUGGACGUGGACGUGGACCUGGACGUGGACGUGGUCGUGGACGUGGACCUGGACGUGGACGUGGACGUGGACGUGGACCUGGACGUGGUCGUGGACGUGGACGUGGACGUGGACGUGGACGUGGACGUGGACGUGGACGUGGACGUGGACGUGGACGUGGACGUGGACGUGGAUAUGGACGUGGACGUGGACGUGGACAUGGACGUGGACAUGGACGUGGACGUGGACGUGGACGUGGACGUAGACGUGGACGUGAAUAUGGACGUGGACGUGGAUGUGGACGUGGACAGGGACGUGGACCUGGACGUGGACGUGGACGUAGUCAUGGACGUGGACAUGGACGUGGACGUGGACGUGGACAGGGACGUGGACACGGACGUGGACAUGGACGUGGACACGGACGUGGACACGGACGUGGACAUGGUUGGGACGUGGACGUGGACGUGGACGUGGACGUGGACAUGGACGUGGACGUGGGCGUGGACGUGGACGUGGACGUGGCCUGCACGUGGACAUGGACGUGGACGUGGACGUGGACGUUGA